AUGUCAUAAAUCUCUAACGAUUCUAAUACUCAAUUUUAUAGCCCUAAAUCAUCAACCAAUCAGGAUUAGUUCAAAAGUGCUCAAGAUAAGACCUUUACUCCUUAUGAUGAAAGAAGCAUUACGCCAAAAAGCAAUACAAACUCCAAUAUUUAUAAUCCUAAAGAUUAAACUCCUAUUGUGAACGCAGAUUUUAUUGCUUAAUUUGGACCAGCCCCAUAAUAGGAACUUCAGUAGUCAAAAAUUCAAUUCUAUGGUUUUGAUGACUUUCCUUAAAUGGGCGAAAAUAUAAAUAAUGAAGAAAAAGGAGUUGAAUUUGAUUCAUCCUAUGAAUAUGAAAAACUUAAAGCUUAACAAUAAUUAGAAAAUAGAAAAUAAUCAAGAGACAUGAAAGAUAUUGAAGAUCUUUUUAAUAAAACCAACUCCCAAAAUGCAUUUUCAUCAAGUGAAUAAUUCUACAAAUUUAAUUCUUAAGGAAUAUAAAAUUAUGGCAAUACUGAGAAAUAACCACUUGAUAUAUUUAAGAUGACUGAGAAUCAACCUGAAAAAUAAAAUUUUCCCUAAUUUAAUGAAUUUUCUUCUACACAUUAAAAAACAUAAUAAAUGGCCUUCACAUUUCAUGAAGUCAAUCAAUUUUUGAAUGAAGGGACUUAAAAUAAUGUGAUUACUGAUUCCUUAUAUUCAUAGUCCUUUGCUCCAAAAGCUAAUUUUGAAGUUGCAGAAAAUAAUUUCUCUUAAUUUCAACUCUAACAGCUAGAUUACAAUUAAAAUUUAAAUUUCCAUAAAGCUAAUUCUACUCCUGUUUAAUAAAACAUAUUUGAAUAACCUAAAGUCGUCCCCUCCUAACAAUCUCUCAGUGAUGAGAUGCCUGGAUCCAACAUAUCCUCGUAAAUUAGAAAUUAAACUGCUUCCUAACCAUAACUCAACUAUGGAUAAUAAAUAUCCCCUUAAAGUAACUCCUAUUAUUUUUUGUAACAAUAACAAUAACCUGAACAAACAACAAAUUACUCUCCUAUUUAAUCAUUAGAAAUAAUUAAAUAAAUUUAACAAUUCGAUCUUAGUUCGGAAAGAGAAAAAAAGUUCUAAUAAAAUGAUUAUGUAAUAAAUAGUAAACUUUAAACUAAGGAGGACGAUUCUGAAAUACCUUGGCAAGAUUUUAAUCCUCUAUAAUAAUCACAUGAUAACCAAAUUCAGGACAAUAUCUUCAAAAUGAAGGAUUAAGAAGUAAAUCUACCAUAAGACAUAAUUAAAUAAUCUUAAUUUGCCAAUGAACCAAAAGCAUCUAAUUUAGCUCCCAUUUAAGUUUGGCAAGAAUUCAUUCCCCAAUCAGAUCCUCAAUCAUCAAAUUAGUUGAAAAAACCAGAAAAUCCCUUAUAAUAAUAAGAUAUAUUUUAAAUAUAAGCGCAAAAUUAAUAAUAAUACGAGUAAUAAUAAUAAAAAUAACAGUCAUACAAAUUUAUAGAAUCUGAUAAUCAAUAAUUCGAAGAUGAGGAAUUUCAGCCAAAUUUUCCAGUUCACAUGGAACCCUUUCAAGAUAAUUAAAAUUUACCCUUUAAGGAAUAAAAUCCUAAUACAUAAAUUCCAAUAGAAAACUUAAACGGCUUAAUUUAAUCCCAUGAAAUUUAAUCGAAUGAAUCUAAUCAUAAUGGUGACCUACCAUAUUUAAAAUAAUUGUAAACUGAUUAGAGUCUAAAACACGAGAAUAAUAGAAUAAUGAGUCAUAAUUCCUUUAAGUCAUUCUAAGAAUCUUAACAAAAUUUUGAAGAGGAAAUCUAUUAUGAUUUCGAUGAUUUCGACCAAACUAUUGAAACUUAAAAUUUUAAUUAAAAAUAGCAAUAAAAUUAGUAUAAAAUCUCUUCUUAGUAAUUGGUUGAUUAAUAAUAAGAACUAAAGAUAACUCCAAGAAAUGAGGGUAACAAACAAACAAAAUCAGUAAAUGAGAAUUCUUAACCAAAUGCAACUCCUAAUCAAUCUCCUCCCUUUCAAUCAAUCACUAAUUCUUCGAAAUCAGCUAAUGACAAAAAGAAAAAUAAUCCCUUCGAUGAGGUUGAAAAUAACGAAUUACCAAAAUGGGAUAAGGAUUUUCCUUAAUUUGAUUAUUCUUAAUUUGAAGCCAAGCCAGAACUGAAAAAAUAGUUGGAAUCAAUAACAGAAAUGUAGGAGGAAUCUCUCACUUAGAGUUAAGCAAUAUAAAAUAGAAACUCAACAUAAUUUUAGGAGAAUACUUUAACAGAAUUCUAAGAGAAAUCAAUUGAAGAAUCAAAAGUAAUUCAACCAUCAAUAAAAGUGCAGUCCUAAGAAAUCCCAACAUCUUUUAAAGGAUUUCAUGGAGUUAGAGAAAGCAAAGAUAGUAAUAAAGAGCCUCUAAAUCCUUAAUUAUUAGCGGAAUAACUAAUUCCAGGUUUAUAGGAUAUUAUUAAAAAAUCUUUUUAAUCCAAUAUUUAAUCUUAGUUAUAAUUAUUAACAUAGUAAUUUUAGCAAAAAUUAUAGGAUGACGAAUUAGAUAACUUCGAUAUUGAUAAAAUCAACUCAAAAGUAUUCAUGAUAGAGAAUCUGGUAUAAGGAUAUGGUAAAAAGUUAGAUUAAAUAACAGAAAUGUUGAAUAGAGAGAAAGAAAUGCAAGAAUAGUAAAGAAUAUCAGAAUAGAAAGCAUAACACUAUGGCCAAGAUUCACAGCAACAUAUAUAACACUAAAAGUAAAAGCAAAUUUGUUCACCUCUCGAUUUAGAUUUAGAAGAUCACUUUGAGGAAUAACCUAUAUAGAAUGUUUAACAUUAGAAUUAGGGAUAUUCAAAAGUAAAAAUUGCACAAUCAAAUUUACUAUACAAUACUCAAUAAAAAGGAUUUGUACCCUAUUAGACAUUAUAUUAAACAUAAUCUUAAUAUUUUAGUGAAAGUAGAAUGAAAGAUGCUUAAGUGGAUAACAUAUAAAAAUAUUAAACCAAUUAUUAGUUUUAAAAGUAGUCACUUAAAGGACUUCAAGAUUAUGAGAUCCAAAACUUUAAGAAAUAAUGUUUAAGUGAUCACAUAACUCUUCUAGAUACCUAUGAAUUGAUAGUUACAUUAAAAUCUGAAAAGUACGAUAGUAUGGAUGCAUAAGGAUAUAAAGUAAUAAUUAUAUUGAAGAAUAAAGCUUAAUAUGAAAUCUAAAAUUUAAUCGUCCUAUUUAAUUCCAAUAAAAUAAAGGACGAAUAUACAUUAAGGUCUGAGAAGGUGAGUUAAUAGUACUUAAAUCCAGGAGAGAUCAUCAGAUAGGAGAUAACAUUUUAACAUUAUGACCUUUAAAGUGUAUAUUUAAAUUGCUACAUAAAGUACACAAUAAAUAAUCUAAAAAUGGGAUACAACUUUAAUAAAAUGUCUUAAAGUCAAGGACUCUAGGGAACACAAGAUUAUUCCAAUUUGUAUCUCUCUUAAAUGAACAGUAGAUAUGCGGUUUAGGAUCUUGGACAAUUCAAGAGGAAUUUUCAAUUUUGCAUAGCCAGACCAGCAAAUAAGUUCUUUGUUUAUAAUUUCAUUACAAGUGAAGAGUUGUAGGAUUGUGAAAUGAAAUGUCAAAGCGAAUAGUUUUAGUUAAGAUCGCUGGAAGAACUAGUAAUUUUUCACCCUUGGCUUAUACAAAUUGAUCAAUUUUCUGUUGGAGGAAAAGUGUUCGUUUAAUUAAAAAACGGCGGCCAUGAGUUUAUGAUAAAAGUAGUUAACAAAAACCAGAAGGGCAUUGUAUUUAUGAAUGGAAUGAAUAUGGAUUUGAAGUAAACAGAACAUUUUCUCACUUUCUUUGCCUUUCUGUUUAGCAAAUUAUAUUGA